CAAGCACAACCAAACGGCCCAGCAUGUCGACAACAUUUGAAAAAACCCUUUCCCUUAUCGACGCUGCGCACGCCCAAGACCCCAAAACUACCACCCCGCCCAACCCCGAAUCCUCCCCAGUCCCCUACGAACUCCACUAUGCCAACAAAAUGACAAAAUACCUCUCCCUGCGCAGCCCCUCCGCCUCCGAAGCCCUCCGUCUCGCCGUCCGCGCCCAACAUCUCCGUCGCUGGGAAGUUCCGCGGACGGACUUUCCUGCGACCAAAAUCGGGUACCAUAGCUGGCGGAGUCAUCUUGCAAAAAGGCAGGCUGAGAUUGCUCACUCUUUAUGUCUUGAAGGGGGCUAUGAUGAGCAGUUUGCGGGGCGGGUUGCGGCGCUGGUGAGAAAGGAGGGGCUUAGGAGCGGUGAGGAUGAGGAGGUACAGGUUCUGGAAGAUGUUGCUUGUCUGGUAUUUUUGGAGGAUCAGUUGGAGGAGUUUCAGAAUGGAUAUGAUGAGGAGAAGGUCAUUGGGAUCUUGCAGAGGACUUGGGUAAAGAUGAGUGAGAGGGGGAGGGAGUUGGCGCUUGAGAUGGAGUUGGGUGGAAGAAGUAAAGAGUUAAUCGGGAAGGCCCUUGGUGGUAGCGCUUGA